AUGCUGACUCAACCGAGUACCCAACAAACGUUUCCAACACCUGCCCACGAAGUCAUUGGGGGCCAAAAUCAUUCCCCAUCAUCGCAAUUGCAAAAUCAACCUGAAAUGCGUUCUUCACCACACCAUCAUCACCAUCAUCAUCACGCACAUCCAAGUCAGAAUCAACAUCAUCACCAUCACCACCACCACCAUCAUCAUCAUCAUCCCGAUCUCCAACAUAAAGCAAUUGAGAAUUCCAGUCACCACCACCACCACCACCACCAUCAUCAUGUGAUUGAAGAACCAAAUGAAAAGCAGCAACAGCAACAGCAGCAGCAGCAGCAGCAGGAACCACCACAACAACAAAAAGUAAAUUCGAAUGAUGAGGCUUCUUCUACAAAGGGUGACCUCAGUCUUAAAACUAUUCUAACGGCACCAUCCAAGCGAAAAAAGCCACAUUUGGACAUUGAACCGAUUGAGUCAUUAAUUGCCGAAUUUUUCCCUGAGCGACGUUUUAUUGGUUCGAUUGUUUAUAAUCCUACAACCACAUGGGAAACACUUCAAACACGCUCACUUUAUGGACUAAAACCGUCUCUUAUUAUUCGUUUUGAUGAGAUCAAGAGGGCCUAUAAGCAACAAGUUAAAAUUAGCAAUUUACCUCCACGAUACAUUCCGGUUAUACCUCCAUUACCACAAGAAUACAUCAAUACUGUACUUGAAAUAAAAAUUCCUUUUCGACAUAUUGUCAAGUUUAAACAAGAUUAUGGGAAUGAGAUUGUUAGCAGGGAACUUUGGGGUGGAGCGAGUGGAGUCUAUACGGAUGAUUCUGAUAUAUUGCAGGUAUUGUUGCAUAUGGGACUUUUCAAUGGGUCGAUUGAUUUGAGUGUUUGGAACAAAAAGUGGACAAAGGGAGAUAUCUUAAAGCCUAUAAAUGCAUCAAAUCAAGUUGUGAAGAAUGGAGGAAAAGGAGUAGAGGAGGGUAAAAUUGAACCAGCUAAUAAUGGAAAUGGAAAUGAAAAAGAGUUGGAACAAGUCAAUACGGAUGUCAAAAUUAACAAAGCUACUGCUUCUUCUCCACAAUCGAUUGGCCAAGAUGUGUUUGGAGAUUUAUCAGUUCAAGUCUUGCUUCUCCCUUCACUACCAUCAUACCAUGGAUUUUUCGCCAAUGGAAUAAAUUCGCGAUCAUGGAACUUGACUCAGUCUACUAAUUAUCGACAUUCAGGAUUGAGUUAUGUUGUGUAUAAUGUUGAAUGGGAACAAAGAGGGUCAUAUUUACAAGACAAGACUCUCUUGCGGGCAGCUGAGUUGGAAGUUGAAUUAGAUUAUGAACUGAAUAGUGAUUUAGUGAGGGAGAAAGGAGGGUGGAAGUUUGAUUAUGACACGUAUAAUAGAAUCAAAAGUGGGUGGUAG